AAUUAAUGACAGAAUUGUCCUUUUUGGGUAAACUAUCUCUUUAACCUCAUGUUUGUCAUUCACAGGAAGUGUCUCGGUGAUGAACAGAAAGCACAGAGCAGCUGAAGUGUGCUUGAGUCUGCUGUGUUUUCUUCUGCUGACUGCUGUAAUAGUGCUGUGUGUGUGUUUCACCACCGAGAGAAACCAGUUACUAACUCAGAUCAGAAACCUGACUGAAGAAAGAGAGAAGACACUUACAAAAUAUGAGCAGAUACUGAACAAUAACAAUAACCGGACUGAAGAAUGCAAGCAAAUACUCUCUAAAUAUGAGCAGAUACUGAACCACAAUAAGAACUUGACUAAAGAAAGAGAGCAGAUAUUUACGAAUAAUAUAAAAUUAAUAGCAGAGAGAGAACAUUUACCUAAGGAGAACAAAAUUAUGACAGAAGAAAGAGAUCAGAUAAUAAAGACCAGUGAACUCCAACAAGGACUAUUGGAACAAGAUAAGCAAAAUGAUCCCUUCAAAUGGAUUUACUACAACUUCAGUUUUUAUUAUAUUUCAUCUGAGAAGAAGAGCUGGAGUGACAGCAGGAAAGACUGUCAACAGAAAAGAGCAGAUCUGGUGAACAUAAACAGUUCAAAGGAACAAGAUUUUUUACAAAAGAUUGCUGUUUCUGAUCACUUUUGGAUUGGUUUGGGAAAGAUGGAGGGGAAAUGGAAAUGGAUUAGUGGCACCAUAAUGACAAAUGGGUACUGGAGUUCUCAUCAUCAGCAUUCAUACCGUUCAUACUGUGCUCUGACGACUUCAUCAGGUUGGAUAGAUGAUAAAUGUGAAAAUAAUAAAAAAUGGAUCUGCAAGAGAAGCAUUUUAAAAUAGCUCAUUACAUAAAAUAUAUAUGUAUAUGCAGUAACAUAAACCCAUUAUGUUCUGG